GUGGUAGCGGUUUUGAUGAUCAGCAGAUGAACACGGGUUCAAUGCUGGUAAUUGCUGAACUCUUAUUAAAAAAUAGGGGUGAUUUAUCAGCAUUUAGGGAGUUCUGAACCACUCUGUAGUGAACUUUGGAAAGUGUGUUAUACACCCAUCUGACGUGUUAUUGACAUGAGUCCUGAGUGGCAACACGUACUGGAUGUUUGAGGCAGUGAUGCUUUUAAAAAGUGUGGAAACACUUCUAACCUGCUGUGUAAUGCUACUCUUUGAUGAGAGAUAACUGAACUAGUUCUUGAUAGUCCUACACUUUCUUGAAAAGAUCUAUAUGAAUCCUGUUUAAUGAUCCAUCGAAGUUCACUGGAGUGCACAUUUUGAUAUGAAGCGAAGAUUCCAUUGCAUUUAAUUCACAUUGUGAUUAUGAAAUCACCUGCAGAACAAAUUAAAUUUGUUUAUAGGUACAUGCUGAUAUAUAUUUCUCAUUGGAUUAUUUGAGCUGUGGAAUUUAUACAUUUGGAAUAUAUUUCUACACCCAUUGACCUCCUGGAAGAAGUGUGCUCAGUAUAAUUAUUGAAAACAACUUUUCCCUGUGUAUGCUCUGACUACGGCAUAACUGAUUUUCCAAGCAACCUUUACUGAACUUUUUUGUGCAUGGACGUAUUCUAAUAAUGAACCAUUUGUUGGACCCCAUGAAACACUGAGUGAUCAUGAGUUCUUUGUUCAGCAUCCGCCUUCCUUUCGAGCUGUCCUUCUUCCAGGAUGCACCGGCAUCCCAGGAUGUCCCUUCCCAGCUGACAGCAAAGACCACAUCCCAUCCUCCAAUCAUCCAGGAAAGCACAACUACCAUUCAACACCAGCAACGUACCCUCAACAGCAGCAACAAUCCCCAACAACAUCGCAUCCUCCCUGGCAACACCACCCACCAGCAGCACCGUAUUCUACCUGCCAACCCACACCACAUCACCAACAACAACGAAGACCCAAUCAUCCAGGCCAAGAGAGCAGUGCUUCAGCAUCGUCAUCACGAUCAUCUGGCAUUGACCAAGAGCAGUCAGGAUAAUUGCACUAAUGCCAGGAAGGGAUCAAGAGAUGGCAUUGGUAUGGGGGUCAGUACCGGUGUUGGUAUGGUGGAGGAUGGGGAUGGUCAUAGCACUAGGGAAGAGUUUCACAACCUCCUGAUUUCGAUGUAUAAAUCUGAGAGGUCAUCAGGUACAGACAAUGGCCCAAUAGUAUCCAAAUCAACUACGCCCAUCUCUCCUACCGCCAUCACCACUAACACCACCAAUGCUAUCACGACUGGCUUCCAAGAGUCGCCACGCCCGGCAACCUCCACCGGCAUGGUUCCAGACGUGGAACAGAUGAAGAGGAUGAUGGUGAAGCAGAAGGCCAGAGAGAUGGCAGAGAGUGCCCAGAGGGCGCUAGUCAGGGACCGGGAGGUGGAGAACCUGAAGCAGGAGCUAGAAGCUAUCAAGAAGACAUUGGAGAUCAGCAGAGAGGAUAGGCUCAUUGAGGUAAGGAUCCUGCAAUACGAGGUGGAUUGGUUUCUAUAUAAAGUGGAAGGUGGGGGUAAAGGCAAUGACUGCGAGGGUGGGGAAAAGAGACCAGCCCUGUCCAUGAGGACAAAACUGCAUUCAGUACUUUGAAUCACUUUGAAUACACUGUGCAAUGGUAGUUAUAUUCAUAAAAAAAUAUUGAUCACUAGGAGCGGGGAUAUGAGUAGAGGGAAAGAAGAAAGAGAGAGAGAGGGGGGAUAGUAAGAUCGUGAGAGGGGGGAAAGUAAGAUCGUGAGAGGGAAGAUUUGGAGAGAGGGAAAGGGAGAGCAGGGGGUGAUAGAAUGAGAUUGAGAGAGAGGAGGAGGAGGGAGAUUCAGGGGAGGGGGAGGCAUAGGGGGUGUUUGUGUUAAUGUUCACGUCAGGAGGCGAAUAGAAAAAAUAUAGAAUAUCAAAUGAGUACUCAGUAGAGCCCAAAUACCAUCCAUCCUUUAUUAACCUGACUUUUCCAGCUCUAGCCACAUGUCCAUGAAUUAUCAUUAUGAUUAUUACCACUGGCUGGUCUUAAAAGCCUGCCGUCCUUGCAGGGAAAAAGAUAUCUCCAUCUACCUAGCGAUCAUCCUAUUCUAUUGAUUAAGAAACCCCCAUCUACUAACUAAGCCUUGAAACAGAGAGCCUGUCACUCAAUUAUGCUAUCCAUUUUGAAAGGAUAUCUUUUUCCUCAGCAUCAUCUGUCUAGACAGCAUCUAUAUGCCAUAAGGCAUUAAAUCAUAUUUUUACUCGUUUCCUAAAAGAAAUGCCAUCAGCUCAUUUGGUUGUUGAAAUUCAGGGUUACCUGCAUGAGGGAGGGGGAUAAGAGAUUAAUGAAUCCACUGCCAGCUUGGAGACUACAAGUUAUAAAACUAAUUGAUAUGAAAUACCUUCACAAAUGAGCAAAUCAUUAUCAGAUGAAUGUAUGAUAAUGCAGCUAUGUGUUUUUGAUCAUAAAUAUCAUGUAUAUGUAAGCUGCCAUUUAUAAUUAAUCACCCUUCUUGACGUAUUGGAAGCGAUGGCUCAAUGUGUUUUCCUGUGUUUAUAAGUAUUAAAAGCAUUAUCAUGUAGCUUUUGAAAAUAAAGACAGGUGAUUAAAUUAUUCCAAAACUGAAUAAAGAAACCAUGUUGCUCUUGAUGACAUGUGUUCUGCUUAUUGGUUCAUUGGUUCUGAGGAGAUGACAUCACCUCUGAAAACCCUUUAUUAUUUUCACCCUUUAAGAAUAUAAGACUUAUCUCCAUUUUGAUGAUAAGGGCUAUGAACAGAUGUCUAAGCUAGAAAUUCCUAGGACUAUGAAUAUUCAGAUUGGUGACAUAACAUAUCCAAGAUAACUAAAGCUUUAAAAAAUGUAAUAGAAGAACAAAGUUUAUAUCUAUGGAGGGUUUAGGGUUUAUGAAUAUCUUUAUGUGUUGUAAAUUAUCUUGACCCUAAUUCACUUUAACACUUACUCUUCUUUAAUCUCAUGAUGCCAGUGUAAUAAUAUAUCUGUAAAGUGUCUAGAGAUGUUGUUCUGAUUUAUCAAGCACUAUAUAAAAGCAGAUUAUUAUUAUUAUGCUGAAAAAAAUUCUGUUAAAUUUCAUUUCAGGUGUUAUCUUGAGAAAAUGAACGCUCAUGGGUUAUACCAAUAGGCUAAAAUUGUACAUUGAAAUUGCUUUAGAGUCAGAUGUGCAGGUGAAAAAGAAUAAAAAGAUGAGGGAAGGUGUAGGGGGUAGAAGAAGGACAAUGAUGGAAGAUAAAGUGGCUAGCAGAAGGUAAAACACGAAAGAAAUAGAAGGGGUUGGAAAAGAAGUACAAGUAUAUACAUGUAGGCACAAUGGCUAGGUUG